CAGCAGUGACCGCCCGCCCGCCCACCCACCCACCCAUCCACCCUUCCCCGACCAUGGGGCUCGGCGCCCCCCUCACCUCGCCUCCAACUGAGUCCUGUUAUGCCAGAAAAUAUGCUAAGGGCAGCAUCAGACCUGGCAAGAAGCAAUGGGAACAGCAGCCAACUCCAUCUUAAAGUGAUUUUUGCCCCUGCCAGGGAUGACUGCCUAACAAGGACAUGGAGGACCCAAGCUGAAACACAGCCCUGAAAAAGCUGAGUUGGAGAGGCUGCAAACUGCUUUCCAUGGCUUAAACAGAGACUGAAACUCAUCUCUCUGCUGGAAUGUACAUCCCUGGAUGAUCUGAUCCUUCGUGAACUAACUUCCAAGGAAAAGAAAAACAAAACACCCUCUUCCUUCUGCAGUCUGCUCACUUUAAUUUAUGGCUUGCUCCCACACAGAAAACCUAAGUUUUAAUGCUGAUAUUUCUCCCCUCUAAAUCUUCUGUUACACAGAAGGGCAAUGGUCUGUCUUCAUUGAGUCCUCAGUGGGAGAGGUUAACAGAAGUGGAAGAGACGUGGAAGCAUUGUGAGAAGGUGAAAGACAAUACCCAGAUUUGCCUUUUUUAAGCAUUUUUGGGGGAAACAAAGCUUCUUCCCUUAUGGAUGGAGGUAGUGGAGUCGGUAUGUUCAGCCUGAGCAGGGAGUGGUAACUGGAAGGGUCCUUCAGUACCGUUUUCUUUUUCGCCUUACUUGGACCCCACGCCGUGCUUGAUCAGCAACAACAGCAGAACCCAGGUGGGGAAGAUGGUGGUUGUCAGGAGGAGGAACGUGAAAGUGUUCACCUUCGCCUUUUUGCUCAUCACAGUAACAUCAUUUCUGCUGAACUAUACAAACCAGGUAACCACGACCACCUGGGAUCUGAGACAUGCCAUCAUGCAGGUUUCCGAGCAAGUCCAGAAACUCUUCAAGCACCCCAGGAGACCGUGCAGCUGUCACACCUGCAUUUCUGAGCUGGGACAAUCUCUCUGGUUCAAUCAGAGAUUUAAUUCCACUAUGCAACCUUUGCUGACCUCACAAAAUGCCUUCAUCCCAGAAGACAGCUACAGGUGGUGGCUGAAACUGCAAAGAGAGAAAGCUCCUAAGAAUAUUAAUACUACUCUCAAGGAAUUGUUUGAGAUCAUUCCUGGGGAUGGGGAUCCACUGCAGGAGCGAGGCACUUACACAUGCAGAAGAUGUGCUGUCGUGGGUAACUCUGGGAACCUUCUGCAGUCUCAGUAUGGCCAAGAUAUUGACUCCCAUGACUUUGUGCUGAGAAUGAACCGUGCCCCUACCACUGGCUACGAAUCAGAUGUUGGGAGCAAGACCACUCACCAGUUUGUUUACCCUGAGAGUUACAAAGAGCUGGCAGAAAAUGUGAGCAUGAUCCUGAUCCCCUUCAAAACCCUGGACCUGCGCUGGGUUGUCACUGCUCUCACCACAGGCACCAUCAACUUCACAUAUGUUCCAGUUCCACGGAAGAUCAAAGUCAAAAAAGAAAAGAUCCUCGUUUAUAAUCCAGCUUUUAUGAAAUACGUCUAUGAAAACUGGCUCCAGAAUCAUGGGAGAUACCCCUCCACAGGCUUUCUGUCUUUGAUAUUUGCACUCCACAUAUGCGAUGAGGUGAAUGUGUAUGGGUUUGGAGCAAACAGCAAAGGACACUGGCAUCACUACUGGGAAAAUAACGCUUCAGCUGGAGCUUUCCGCAAGACCGGUGUCCACGAUGCUGAUUUUGAGUUCAAUGUAACUUUGACUCUUGCCUCCCUUGAGAAAAUAAAUUUUUUCAAGGGCAGAUGACCCUGGCCCUGGGGAGAAGUGGGAGCUGCAAUUUCCAGCAUGCAGCAGGACAAAGCUCAGUGAAGACAAUCUGGGCACCAGCCAGGUUGGAAUCUGCAGUGGAUUCAGAGCCUCUCCCUGCUGCGGUGCCCACGCAGGGAGUGCAGCCAAGGACUGGCGUCCACGCUGCACCUGAUUUCCUACUUACAGAUAGCUGGGAACUACAAAUCACUUGUGGGAAUGAAUGAAGCUCUGCUUAGGCUCUGCAAAUUGAUUCUUGAGUUACUGAUGAAAGAUCUGCCUGUUGCAAUUAGGAGAAAACUGGGCACAAAAACUGCUGUUCGUGUGUCGGUCCUUUCCUCAAGUAAGGCAGGGGAUCCUUGAAGAAGAGUGAAAAUAACUUCUGGGACUUGAGACCCACUAGGGCAGCUGUGAACAUCAUAGUAAGGAUUACCUCAGAGAAAUGAAUUCACUUCUGCUGUUGAUCAUCUUUUUGACUUCUCUCUUCUUUUUCCUCUAUUACUUCUGGUUUUAUGCUGUAUUAAACAAAACCACAAUGAAAUUGCCUGGAGCAGUAAAUUUUUCAGCCAUUGCCUCAUUCUGUGUUGAUAGCAUCUAGAAAACAUGGAUCAAAUCAUCAUCAUAUGUUAUUUAAUAUUGCUUUCUAUACAGCCAUAAUGAGAGAGGACACAACACUGAAAACUCCAGAAAAAAAAAAAAAAGAAAAAAAAAAGGAAAAAAAAAGGCCUUUUUAGCCACUUGUAUGUUUCUCCUGUUUGGUUAUAUAUAAUAUUGCUCUUAUUUUUUUGGUGGAAGAUCCUCUGGAAUGCUCAUUUUUAUUUAAUCAGUUUAAGGUUGGAAAGUGGACUUUUUUCUUUCAGUCUUUUAUAUGUGCCUUUUAUAACUGCGCAACAGAUGUAAUUUUUUUUUAAGGUGACAAACCCUAAAUUAAACUUUUUUAUGAAAAGGGGGAAAUUAACCAAAAUCUAGCCUCCGUGUGUUGUACUUUUGUAGUCAGAAAUAAUAACAGCUCCUAUAUUGUAUUUAAGCAAACACAAACAAGACUAAUUUUUAAAGGUAGAUUUUACCUUUUUUAUGGGAAAAUAUCCAAAAGUUCUAAGGAAAUUUUUCCUCUUAUUUUUUUA